CGAUUUGGGUCGCUCCCACCGGAGGACACCGACCGUCUGUGUCAAGCCUUUGCCGAGGUGCUCACAAGAGGAGACGGUGCACACCGGGAGGAGAGUCGCAUGAGGGGUUCGUCUCAGGGGCUGGACUGACAACUCGGGAUUUGUCCUCCUGACGGUGUCGGAGAGGAGAGGAGAGGGAAGGAGAGGAGAGAGGGGGGAUCUUCAGUGCUGGAGCGACCAGCCGCCUUUUCUUCAGUCGGGGCUGCGGUAAAAGUCGUUCACGAUGCCGGUGUUUCACACCAAGACCAUCGAGAGUAUCCUGGAGCCGGUGGCCCAGCAGAUCUCCCACCUGGUCAUCAUGCACGAGGAGGGGGAGGUGGACGGUAAAGCCAUCCCAGAUCUGACGGUGCCGGUGGCCGCGGUGCAGGCGGCAGUCAGCAACCUUGUACGGGUGGGCAAGGAGACGGUUCAAACCACUGAGGACCAGGUGAUGAAGAGAGACAUGCCUCCUGCGUUCAUCAAGGUGGAGAACUCAAGCUCUAAGCUCGUCCAGGCGGCUCAGAUGCUAAAGGCCGAUCCCUACUCUGUCCCUGCACGAGAUUACCUGAUCGAUGGAUCCAGAGGGAUCCUAUCCGGAACGUCCGACCUGCUCCUUACCUUUGAUGAGGCAGAGGUGCGUAAGAUAAUUCGUGUGUGUAAAGGUAUCUUAGAGUAUCUGACAGUGGCUGAGGUGGUGGAGACCAUGGAGGACCUCAUCACGUACACCAAGAACCUGGGACCAGGGAUGACCAAGAUGUCAAAGAUGAUUGAGGAGAGGCAGCAGGAGCUGACGCACCAAGAACACAGACAGAUGCUCGUCAACUCCAUGAACACUGUCAGAGAGCAGCUGCCUGUUCUUAUAUCAGCUAUAAAGAUUUUUGUAACAACCAAGAGCAGUCGAGGUGCCGGCGUUGAGGAGGCAGAGAGGAACAGAAGAUUUACCUUUGAAAAGAUGAGCACUGAAAUCCAGGAGAUCAUAAGAGUCUUACAGCUCACCACGUGGGAUGAGGACGCCUGGGCCAAUAAGAAGGAUAUGGAGGCUUUGAAGAGAUCUCUGGCUUUGAUUGAGUCAAAGAUGGCACAGGCUAAAAGCUGGCUCAAAGACCCCCACGGACAACCAGGAGACCCCGGUGAGGUUGCCCUGCGUGUGAUUCUGGAUGAAGCUGGUAAGGUGGGAGAGCUGUGUGCUGGGAAGGAGAGGAAAGAUAUACUGGCAACUGCUAAGGCUCUCGGACAAAUGACUGACCAGAUUGCAGAUCUACGAGCCAGAGGCCAGGGCCCGACCCCGGGGUGUGUGCAGCGUGCAGGCCAGUGCUCGCAGGGCUUAGACUUGUUAUUUGGCAAAGUGGACAAUGCUGCUCGUAGAUUGGAGGCUCUAAUCAAUGCCAAGCUGGCCAUCGCCAGGAGGCUGGACGCUGCACAGGCCUGGCUGGCUGAUCCCAACGGCGGUCCUGAGGGGGAAGAGAACAUCAGAGCGCUACUCGCAGAGGCCAAACGCAUCGCCGAUCUAUGUGAAGACCCCAAAGAGAGGGAUGACAUCCUACGCUCCAUCAGUGAGAUCACAGGCCUCACAGCCAGACUUAUGGAGCUACGCAAACAGUUCAAACUGCAACAUCGUGUCACUAAUAGGUGGCAUAUUUUACCUGCCUGGAAAAUAUGUUGCUGCCUGUCAACCCUGGGCAUCAGUCCUACGAUAAGCGGUAAAGGUGACAGCCCGGAGGCCCGUGCAUUGGCAAAGCAGAUUGGAGCGGCGCUGCUGACCCUGCAGUCCAAAACCAACCGGGCUGUGGCCAACAUGAGACCAGCCAAACCUGAUGUCACCUUGGAGGGCAAGAUGGAGCAGGCCCUCCGCUGGGCGAACAACCCUGGAGUGGACGACAGAGGAGUUGGUCAGGCAGCCAUCAGAGGAAUGGUUGGAGAAGGGAAGAGGCUGGCAGGAGGCCUGAUAGGCCCGUAUCGGCAGGAUAUGAUUGGACGCUGCGAACGAACAGAGGCUCUAAUGACAUCUUUGGCAGACAUGGCUGGCAGGGGCGAGGCUGAGGCUCCUCAAGCGCGAGCUACAGCUGCACAAUUGAAGGACAGCCUCAAGGACCUGAGGCAGCACAUGCAGGAGGUGAUGACCCAGGAAGUGUCUGAUGUUUUCAGUGACACCACCACCCCGAUCAAACUGCUGGCUGUGGCUGCAACUGCUCCCCCUGAUGCCCCCAACAGAGAGGAGGUCUUUGAAGAACGUGCAGGGAACUUUGAGGCCCACGCAGGUCGGCUGGGGGUGACCGCAGAGAAGGCUGCUGCCGUGGGAGCAGGCAAUAAGAGUACAGUUGAGGGGAUACAUGCUGCUGUGAAACAUAGCAGGGAUCUCACACCACAGGUGACCUCUGCUGCUCUGAUCUUGUUGAAGAAUCCUGGAAAUAAAGCCGCAUACGAACACUUUGACACCAUGAAGAAUCAAUGGAUUGACAAUGUGGAGAAACUUACUGGUCUGGUGGACGAGGCCAUCGACACCAAAUCUCUGUUAGAUGCUUCUGAGGAGGCUAUAAAGAAAGACAUCGACAAGUGCCGAGUUGCCAUGGCGAAUGUUCAGCCCCAAAUGCUUGUUGCCGGGGCAACGAGCAUAGCCAGACGAGCUAAUCGGGUCCUGUUGGUGGCUAAGAGGGAAGUGGAGAACUCUGAAGAUCCUCGGUUCAGAGACACAGUGAAAAACGCGUCAGACAUCCUCUCCCACACCAUCUCACCCAUGGUGAUGGAUGCUAAAGCAGUGGCUGGGAACAUACAAGAUAAAGCUCUGCAAAAGGCCUAUUUGGACUCAUGUCUGAGGAUCCUGGGUGCAGUUGGAAAAGUUAGAGAAGCCUUCCAACCUCAGGAACCUGACUUCCCUCCUCCACCACCUGACCUGGACCAGCUCCAUGUUAGUGAUGAGCAGGCGCCACCCAAACCGCCCUUGCCAGAGGGCGAGGUGCCGCCGCCUCGGCCCCCUCCUCCAGAGGAGAAGGAUGAGGAGUUCCCAGAGCCGAAGAUUGGAGAGGUGCUCAGCGAACCCAUGAUGGUGGCGGCCAGGCAGCUGCACGAUGAAGCACGCAAGUGGUCAAGCAAGCCUGAGGAGGAGGAGGCAGUAGAGGAGAGAGAGGUUUAUGAUGAAGAUGAGUUUACUGAUGGUGAGGAUGACUAUGAGCCAGAACUGCUGAUGAUGCCCUCCAACCAACCUGUCAAUCAACCCAUUCUGGCAGCUGCCCAGGCUCUCCAUCAGGAGGCGCGCAAGUGGUCCAGCAAGGGAAACGACAUCAUCGCAGCAGCCAAGCGGAUGGCUCUGCUAAUGGCAGAAAUGUCUCGGCUGGUGCGUGGUGGAAGCGGGAACAAACGUGCGCUGAUUCAGUGUGCUAAGGACAUCGCCAAGGCCUCAGAUGAGGUGACGAGACUGGCUAAAGAAGUGGCCAAGCAGUGCACUGACAGACGCAUCAGGACUAACCUGCUGCAGGUGUGUGAACGAAUCCCUACCAUCAGUACUCAGCUGAAGAUCCUCUCUACUGUCAAAGCCACCAUGCUGGGACGAACAAACAUUAGUGAAGACGAGUCAGAGCAGGCCACAGACAUGCUGGUGCAUAACGCCCAGAAUCUGAUGCAGUCAGUGAAGGAGACGGUCAGAGAAGCAGAAGCAGCCUCCAUCAAGAUCCGCACAGAUUCAGGAUGCACCCUUCGCUGGGUGCGCAAGACCCCCUGGUACCAAUAAACAAACCCGCUCACUGAAACUAGUAACACUCUUACAUUAGCUCUGAAAGUACACCUCGAGUAAAAGUAGCAAUACUCAUCAUGAGUAAGCGUGCACUUCUUCAAAGAGGAAAGUGAUGAUGUAUUAGAUUUGGUACCACGCAGGUUAAUUAAAUCGAGUUCAGCUUUGCUCUUCAGUUCUCUUUAUCUGUAACUGUGGAAUCAUGUAGGCUAAUCUGAAACAGUUUUUAAUAUAUAUUUUUGGUAUGUUGUGUUACAAAGAGUUUAUCCAAAUCCCAGGUAUAUAUUUUUUGCAUGAAACAUUUUUCUAUUUUCUAAAGGCAAAUUAUGACAUUAAAAUACUCCUAGUAGACAUUUACUUUUAAUUCAGUUUGUUUCUAUUGUAUAUACAAGUAUUAUUUGUUUUAUGGACACUCAGCUAUGAGCUUUAUACACUGAGUUUGACACUAAAGUGUGGAGUCUUGUGUUGGUUGCUGAACUCUCCUCUCCAUGUUUACUUUAACAGCACUGUUCUCAACUGAAGAUAUAUCAAUUCAAAGGGGAUACAUCAUCACUGCUGUCUGGUGAUGUUUAUACUUGACGAACAAAAAGGUCUUCUGGAUUAAAGUGUUAGGAUUUAUAGGCAAAUUAUAGUUUAAAAAGUGAUUGUACGGUUGUCAAUAAAUAAAUAAUGUUGAUACUUAAUAAAUAAGAAGUUUUCACAUGACAGUUGCCGUGUGAAUGACAGUAAAGUAAAAAUCAAGGUGAGUUGAUGUGUUUUUGUUGGUGUUUUGAAUUCUUUGUUUUACCUUUUUUUUAACUUUAACAGUGAACAAUGCCAAAUGAUUUGUUUUAUGUUACUGUUAGCUUCAUCUUAUCUCUUGAAAUCCAGGUUAUUACAAACGAGACAGACCGUUUUCUUUAGAGACGCUGAAGUACUUUUUGAGGUCUGUUUUUUUUUUGUUGCAAAAACUUUAUUUUUCCUCUUUUUUAACUAAUCGUGGUGCUUUGUUUCUGCACUCUCUCUCUGCAACAGUUGAACUGUUUGGAUAUUUUAUUCAAAAUUGACAACAAUUCUUUUAGACAGCCAUCAACUUCCUGCUUUUCGAUUUUCCUCCAUGUGUGAGCUCAGUUGUCCCACUCUGAACUCUCCGAAGCAUCAUUUUAACACAGAUUUUCUAGACGACCCCGGUGGUUUGAGAACAAAAACCUUUUUAUGUGAUAAUCAGGCAUUGAUGCCAGUCGAAUGUUUUUUAGUUGUACAUUGUUGUCUGGAAUAAUUACACAGCAUUAAGGAUUCAUGAUUGGUAACUCAAUAUUAAAUGCAAUCAGACAUAAUUUCAAUCCCUAAACAAUAUUUCAUCAAGUUUUAUUGAACAUUUGUACAAUGGCUAGGUAAAUCUAACUUUUAAAUGGAGAAUAUGUAAGUGUGUGUAUGUGUGAAGCUUCUUCACUUAAUCAGUAUUAGUGAGCCGUCCCCAUGAUGGUUAGAGACCGAGCUCUAAACCGCAUUUUCAUCUUUAUUUGGGCCUACUGAGCAUGUAGCAGUCACUGACUCACUGAAAGCAACAGGGUGAACUUCUGUGUGUACUUGAUGUGUUCACAACCUGAAUGUAUUCUGAUAGCUUCUUGCCCUGCCAACACAUCUGCUGUGCCUUGGAAGAAUAAAAGA